AUGCAGUGUCCAAACUGUGGAAGCUGUAUCGAGAAGAAUGGUGGAUGUAAUCAUAUGGUAUGUACGAUUAUUUAAUAAUCCUUAUCUCUAAAAGAUUCUAUUCAUUGGGAACGCAAACAAAUACAGCGGAACUCCGUUAAUACGGUCACCAAUGGGCCAAAAGCCGUAAUAACCAGGUGACCGUAUUAACGAGGUUUUCUUUACAAGAAAAAAAAAAGUGGCCAUAAUAACGAGGUGACCGUAUUACUGAGGUGGCCGUAAGUCGGGGUUCCACUUUAAAGUCAUCUGUGUGUUGUUGACUUUUACAUGGGUAUUAUUCUUUUUUAAUUAUCAUUUUCAAUUUUCGCAUUUCUCUCACUGAUUUUUUUGUUUCGUUUUAAUUUUUCAGCAAUGUAUAAAGUGCAAACACGGUAUGUUGAACAUUUUAAGUUUAAAAUGCAUUGCCGAGUAGUCAAGACUUAAAUUGCUUUAAAUCUUGUGGUGUAACAAAAAUAUCAAGAAAACUUCUUCUUGGGAAAUAAUGUUUCAGAUUUUUGCUGGAUGUGUUGUGGAGACUGGAGAAGUCAUGGAUCAGAGUAUUACGAAUGUAGUCGAUAUAAAUCCAAUCCAAAUAUUGUUAACGAGUCUGCUGGAAUUCAAGCAAGAGAGGCGCUCAAGAAAUAUCUCUUCUAUUUUGAAAGGGUAUGUGGUGGCAAGUGUUUCUAGUUUUACCACAGUGCCUUCCCUUUCAAAGAAAAAAGGGAAUAAGGCCCGGUUCAGAAGCCGAACUUUUCAUGAGCCGAACCUAAUUCGAAUUAAGGCCGACCCAAAUUGUUUAGACUGUCUGAAUUGAUUCAGACGCCGAUCUUAAUUCCAGCCGAACUAAAUUCAAAGGGAGAAAAAUGCUCAUUUCGGUCAAACUGCUUACAAAAUACGUUAUAAUAAUUUAUGCAUUAGGUUCGGUACAUGAAAAGUUCGGCGUCUGAGUCAAAGCCGUUCCAAAGUCGCUCCAGAGGCGAAAUUUCCGGCCAGGACAGGAAAAAGGAACGGCUGAGCCGUUCCAAAUUGAAACAGGCGUUCCUAAUUGAUUCACACGCCGAACUUUUCGUAUACUUAAGUCAAUGUAUUAGGUUCGGCUCAUGAAAAGUUCGCGUCUGAACCGGGCCCAAGUGUCCCGUUGACAUGCUUGCGUGUCCGGCCACAUCUUGGAAGUGAGGCUUAGCGUGAUACUGAAAGAUUUUAUGGCGCUGUUGACGCCGGGAUUUGUGUUUUUUAAUUUAUUCUCCCAAUUUGUUGAUGUUUUAUUCUCUCAAGACAGGACUCAAAAUAACAGCUGGUCAACGGACAAUUUCGGGCAAGAAUGGCCUCUCGACUGGCCAAAAAUUUCACUCGCCGGACAUGUUGACCGGUCACGCACACUCUCAUUCUUGAAUAAACAGCCAAAUCCUCACCUGGAAUUCAGAUUUUGACUCCUUCUAAAAAUACAAUCACUUUAACUUUAACUUUAUCGCCUUUUGUACUGAAGCCUUUUAGUGUGAAGACAGAGUGUACGUCAGCUUAAAGAUUUACAGUUUUAGAAAAAAACCUUAGAGACUAGUUAUUUUAAUAUUAGUUAAAAUUUAGACGUUAUAACUAAAUCGCCCAUUAUUUUAUCUGUGUAGUUUGCGUCACCUUGUAAGUUGUAAAGGGAUUCAUUGCCAUUUUUCGUAGAACCGUUUCUCAAGUUGUGAUUUGCUAUUGUAUUUAUUGUUUUUGCUAGUGGCAAAACCAUGCUGAUAGCCUCAAACGAGAACAAGAGACAAAACGGAAAAUAAAUCAGAAGAUACAAGAAAAAGUCAACAAUAAUAUCGGCACAUGGAUAGACUGGCAAUAUCUCAUGGAUGCUGCUCAGUUACUCGCUAAGGUAAGCAGGCCGUUACAUGUACUUAUGAUAUAUCGACUUUUGUUGACACCUAAACUGAUGAUGGUAGGAUCAGGACGAAAGAGUUAAGAUAACAACGAUUAUGUUGGUUGUGUUGAUGGUUUUGUUGACCAUAAUGAUAUGGAAGGUAAUGAAGACGAUAUCAAUGAUGAUAAUGAGGCCGGUGAUGCACGUGGUGAUAGUAUGAUGGCGAUGAUGAUGAUGAUGAUGAUGGUUGUUAUUAUUAUUAUUAUUAUUAGUAUUAUUAUUAUUAUUAUUAUUAUUAUUAUUAUUAUAAUUAUUAACUUUUUAUCAGUUUGAAUUAUUUUUAGAUAGUUUUAUUUUUUAUUAACUUUUUGAUGCUUUUUAUAAUUGUUAUUAGUAGUUUUUAGAUAGUCAUUUUACGACAAUUCUCUUUCGUACACAAGAAGAAUGUACAUAGGGUAUAUAUUUUAAUAUUCAUAUUCUUGAAUCUGUAAAUAGUCUAUUUUUUUGAAUCUAUGAAUAAAGUUAUUUAAUUAUCAUUAUUAUUAUUAUUAUUAUUAUUAUUAUUAUUUUGAAAUUAUUAUUAUUAUUAUUAUUAUUAUUAUUAUUAUUAUUAUUAUUAUUAUUAUGCUGAUGAUGAUGAUGAUGAUGAUCAGAACGAUGACGACGACGAUGAUCAGAAUGGUGAUGGUUAGAGCAGUGGUAAAGAUGAUGUUUAGUAUCGAGUUGACCCACUUUCUUCCAUUCAUGUUUCAGUGUCGUUACACGAUGAUGUACACUUAUCCCUAUGCUUACUUCAUGGAGGAUGAGAGAAAAAGACUAGUAAGUUUACUUCCGGAGAAUUCACCAUACAAUUUCGAUGAAUUACAUUGUAUUCACACUUGGCUCCGAGGCUUGGAAGAAUAAAACAAACUUAAUCAACUUGAAGCUCAGAGAUGAGUUGUUUUAUUCUUCUAAGACUCAGAGCCCAGGAAUGAAUUUUAAGUUAUCAAAACUGGUUUAUAUAUUUGCCACUCUUUUAGACCUAGUCUUACUUCUAGAUAAGCUUUUUUCAUUAAUUACGAUAUUUUCCAUGUACAUUUAAACCACCUCUGUCAUUAAUGCAUCCGUCCGUCUAUGUGGGGACAAUUCUCUCCUUUGUUCGGUCAAUUUGAGUCGGUUUAAAGGUUUGACUGUAUUUUUUCUUAACAGUUUGAGUAUCAACAAGCACAGCUUGAGUUGGAAAUAGAAAAUUUGUCUUGGAAAUUAGAACGAGAUGAGCUUUAUUGUAGAGGGGUAAGUGAGUAUUGCUAGCAGAUUUAAAGAGACAACAUGAAUCUGUGUCUUCAUGAUUUAGACACAGAGAUUUCUUCGGUUGCUGUUCAGAAAAGAUGGGGAAACUUCUGUUCUGUAGUGUUAGUGGGGAGCUCAAGCAAUAACGACGCCGAGGGCUACGAAGACGUCACUUAAAAAGUUGAUUCGCACUGCUUCAAUCUUUAUCGCGCUUCUUCCAUUUCGUUCAGUUCGUCAAAUGUUGGUAGCUUGCGAGCAAGCUCUCCUAUUUGGGCGAGUGAAACGAGUCUCGCGAGAACGCGCGAGCGGACGGCGAAGCCGCGAGGGUCCUCAGACCCUCGCCUUCGCGUUCUCGCGAGACUUGCUUCGCUUGGCCAAAGAGGGGAGCUUGCUCGCAGGCUAAAUGUUGGCAAUGUUAUACUCGAGUUAAAUUCUAAAAGACUGUAUCGAAGUUGACAAAAAGGAAAAGAAAAUCGUUGUCUUGUGUUCACGUCUUCCAUAAAACGUGAAAUUAGGGAGCUUCACGUCGUAGUACUAGUCGUGCAGUGACGCCAAAGAAAUGUACGUGCAGAGUUCAGUGUUAUCUAAAGCUAGCGCUUUUUUUUGCCGUUCUCGUUGCCGUCGCCGCCGUCGUCGUCGUCGUUGCUUAAGGUCCCUAUUCGGUUUCUGGGGAUGGCUCAAGAAGAUGUGAGCAGGAAGAAUACAGUCAACUCUUUCUAAUUCGGACACCUUUGGGGCAGGUACUAAGUGUCCGUCUAAGAGAGAUGCCCGUCUUAUAGAGAGUCAAAUAAAGGCAGUAAAGAAAGGCAGGGACCAACUCGAGGUGUUUGUUUUACAGAGGUAUCCGUCUUAUAGAGGUGUCCGUUAAGAGAGAGUCGACUGUAGUCUCUCUUCCUCUUAAUUUUUUUCCCGCUGUCUGCCUUCGCACUACACUCUACUAUCCGAACACCUGAAACAGGCAACAGUGUUGUUUUAUUAGAUGUCAGUAGGUCAAAACUGCCAUGUGUUACGCUAUUUUAGCAACGAUGACUGGAAUGAUUACCAUACGUUUUGCUACAAAGUCGUUACGCUACUUAUUGAAGUUGUUUUGCUACGAAAUCGUUUCGCUGCAUAUUGAAGUCGUUUCGCUGCAAAGUCGUUAAGAUACAAUUUUGAAAACGCACAGAAAACUUUGUUCUUAGCAGUGUGUUUUGUUAUAAACAUAAAAGCUUGUUUUGGUCAAGAAUUGAAUUAAACUUGGUGGCUCUUAGAGAUGACCACUAAAUAUGGUGCGCUCUUGGUUUUGGACAAAAAAAUCUCAUGAAAGCAACCCAAUAUGUGUCCGAAUAAUAUCCUGAUAAAAGUUCAUUAUCUUGGUUUUAAUAUUUUUCAUUGGUAUUAUUAUAUUUCAGGACUUUGAAAAUCAAAUGGAUAUAGCAGAGAAGAGAAGACAGACGUUACUGAAAGACUUUCUUGUGGUUUAG